AUGAAAACUUUCGGCGAAACAUGCGGGGCGGGUGACACAUUCGACACCGGCGAUACAUGUGACAGAUGCGAUACAUGCGGGGCGGGUGACACAUUCCACACCGGCGAUACAUGCUACAGAUGCGAUACAUGCGGGGCGGGUGACACAUUCGACACAGGCGAUACAUGCGACAGAUGCGAUACAUGCGGGGCGGGUGACACAUUCGACACAGGCGAUACAUGCGACAGAUGCGAUACAUGCGGGGCGGGUGACACAUUCCACACCGGCGAUACAUGCUACAGAUGCGAUACAUGCGGGGCGGGUGACACAUUCGACACAGGCGAUACAUGCGACAGAUGCGAUACAUGCGGGGCGGGUGACACAUUCCACACAGGCGACACAUGCGGGGCGGGUGACACAUUCCACACCGGCGAUACAUGCGACAGAUGCGAUACAUGCGGGGCGGGUGACACAUUCGACACCGGCGAUACAUGCGACAGAUGCGAUACAUGCGGGGCGGGUGACACAUUCCACACAGGCGACACAUGCGGGGCGGGUGACACAUUCGACAUAGGCGACACAUGCGGGGCGGGUGACAUAUUCGACACCGGCGACAGAUGCGAUACAUGCGGGGCGGGUGACACAUUCGACACAGGCGACACAUGCGACAGAUGCGAUACAUGCGGGGCGGGUGACACAUUCGACACCGGCGACACAUGCGACAGAUGCGAUACAUGCGGGGCGGGUGACACAUUCGACACAGGCGACACAUGCGGGGCGGGUGACACAUUCCACACCGGCGACACAUGCGAUAGAUGCGAUACAUGCGGGGCGGGUGACACAUUCGACACAGGCGACACAUGCGGGGCGGGUGACACAUUCGACAUAGGCGACACAUGCGGGGCGGGUGACAUAUUCGACACCGGCGACACAUGCGACAGAUGCGAUACAUGCGGGGCGGGUGACACAUUCGACACAGGCGACACAUGCGGGGCGGGUGACACAUUCGACAUAGGCGACACAUGCGGGGCGGGUGACAUAUUCGACACCGGCGACACAUGCGACAGAUGCGAUACAUGCGGGGCGGGUGACACAUUCGACACCGGCGACACAUGCGACAGAUGCGAUACAUGCGGGGCGGGUGACACAUUCGACACAGGCGACACAUGCGGGGCGGGUGACACAUUCCACACCGGCGACACAUGCGACAGAUGCGAUACAUGCGGGGCGGGUGACACAUUCGACACCGGCGACACAUGCGACAGAUGCGAUACAUGCGGGGCGGGUGACACAUUCGACACGUCGACACAUGCGACAGAUGCGAUACAUGCGGGGCGGGUGACACAUUCGACACCGGCGACACAUGCGACAGAUGCGAUACAUGCGGGGCGGGUGACACAUUCGACACAGGCGACACAUGCGGGGCGGGUGACACAUUCCACACCGGCGACAUAG